AUGCACUCGGCUUCCAGUAUGCUGGGAGCGGUGAAGAUGGAAGGGCACGAGCCGUCGGAUUGGAGCAGCUACUAUGCCGAGCCGGAGGGCUAUUCCUCGGUGAGCAACAUGAACGCGGGCCUGGGGAUGAACGGCAUGAACACAUACAUGAGCAUGUCGGCGACCGCAAUGGGCAGCGGCGCAGGCAACAUGAGCACCAGCUCCAUGAACAUGUCGUCGUAUGUGGGAGCGGGCAUGAGCCCGUCCCUGGCGGGCAUGUCCCCAGGCGCGGGCGCCAUGGCGGGCAUGGGUGGUUCGGCUGGGGCGGCCGGUGUGGCGGGCAUGGGGCCACAUCUGAGCCCGAGCCUGAGCCCACUCGGGGGGCAAGGGGCCGGGGCGAUGGGCAGCCUGGCUCCUUACGCCAACAUGAACUCCAUGAGCCCCAUGUACGGGCAGGCUGGUCUGAGCCGCGCGCGCGACCCCAAGACUUACCGCCGAAGUUAUACACACGCCAAGCCGCCCUACUCCUAUAUCUCGCUCAUCACCAUGGCCAUCCAACAGAGCCCCAACAAGAUGCUGACGCUGAGCGAGAUCUACCAGUGGAUCAUGGACCUCUUCCCCUUCUAUAGGCAGAACCAGCAGCGCUGGCAGAAUUCUAUCCGCCACUCACUCUCCUUCAACGACUGCUUCCUCAAAGUGCCGCGCUCGCCCGACAAGCCUGGCAAGGGCUCCUUCUGGACACUGCACCCUGACUCGGGCAACAUGUUCGAGAACGGUUGCUACCUGCGCCGCCAGAAGCGCUUCAAGUGCGAGAAGCAGCUGACUCUGAAGGAGGCGUCGGGCGCAUCGGGCGGGAACAAGAAAGCAGCCGCUGGGGCCCAGGCCUCGCAGGGUCAGCUAGGGGAGGCCGCCGGGUCGGCCUCCGAGACUCCGGCAGGCACCGAGUCGCCCCACUCGAGCGCCUCCCCGUGCCAAGAGCACAAGCGAGGGUCCCUGGGAGAGCUAAAAGGGACGCCAGCCACAGCGCUGAGUCCCCCGGAGCCAGCGCCCUCGCCGGGGCAGCAACAACAGCAGCAGACCGCGGCCCACCUACUAGGCCCACCUCACCAUCCGGGCCUGCCCCCCGAGGCCCAUCUUAAGCCGGAACACCACUACGCCUUUAACCACCCCUUCUCCAUCAACAACCUCAUGUCCUCAGAGCAACAACACCACCACAGCCACCACCACCACCAGCCACACAAAAUGGACCUCAAGGCCUAUGAACAGGUGAUGCACUACCCCGGCUACGGGUCUCCAAUGCCCGGCAGCCUGGCCAUGGGUCCAGUCACGAACAAAGCGGGCCUGGACGCCUCACCUCUGGCUGCAGACACCUCCUACUACCAGGGAGUGUACGCCCGGCCCAUUAUGAACUCCUCUUAA